CUUCUGAUGUCAACACUACGUUUCCUUUUCUCCUGUUGAUUUUUUUUUCUUUUGUUGAUCUGAUCAACAGUGGACGUACGUCGUCGUUCUGUGACAUCACCGGCGGCUCAAGCCCAAUAACUUAUAUAGAUUCAUCAUCUUUGACAAUGACAUCGUCGUCAUCAACCACAUCAAAAAUGAGCUUGAAGCUUUUAGUUGACACAAAAUCUGAGAGAGUUCUCUUCGCCGAAGCAUCCAAAGACUUUGUCGACUUCCUCUUCAACCUCCACCGCCUGCCGAUCGGCACUGUCACAAAGCUCCUAACCAAAACCAACAUGGUGGGUUCGUUAGGCAAGCUUUACGAAAGCAUUGAGAAUCUCAGUAACACAUACUUACUGCAACAGAAACAAGGCAAAGACAUACUGCUGAAGCCAAAAGCCCUAAUUCCUCCUGGCUUCCUCUUGCUCCCAAAUUACGAAGGGAAUAUUAAAGAAGAAGAUCAUCAAGAGCCUCCUAAGCUGUACAUGUGCAGGAAUAGGUGUCAGUAUACUGUGACUCUGGUUAUGAACACGCCAUGUUUGUAUUGCAGAAAUCCUAUGAACAGUUCAGUGACGUACGUGGGGAAGAAGGAGAUGGAAGCGAAAGGUUCUGUUGGGGAGGAUGGUUUUGUGAAGGACGUGGUGACGUAUAUGGUGAUGGAUGAUCUUGUGGUCCAACCUUUGUCUACUAUUUCAUGUAUUGCUUUGCUCAAUAAGUUCAACAUCAAAGAUGUCAGUUCACUGCAAGAAAUGGUUGUUGAGUUUGGAAUACCAGAGGGUAUGGAACUGCUUAAGGCUUCUCUGCAGUGCAGCAAUGCUUUGACAAGUGUUUUUCUCAAGAAUAUCAAGUUUGAGAAAGAAUCAAAUAUGAUCCUUCAUUAAUGCCAUCAUACAUAUGUACACACACAUAUCAAAGAGUGUUGUUGCUUACUUGAUUCCAUUUAAUUGUUCUUUGUCAUGCAUGGAUAAUUAAAUAGGUGUGCUUAUCAAAUAUAAAUUAGAAUGGAUGUAAACAAAGGGAGAGUUGAACUUGUCACAUGUGUAUUCCUUAAACCCUAUAGUAGUAUACUUUGUGCUUUAAUUUGUUUUUCGGAGUUACAGGCAUGCAUGUGUGUGUGCGUAUAAUACUUUGUUGGCCAUUAAAAAUAAUAAAGAGAAGAAGGAUAAUUUAUAUUCA